AUGAUUAUAUCAUUGGUCAGUAUUCAGCACAGCAGAAUGCUUCUGAUUAUAGGAAUACAUUGGCUGUUGAUUUUGUUACAGUUAGUUCCUGUCAAAGGAAGUACCCUGAUUCGUGAGGAAGAGCCGGGGAAAGCUGACAUUGAGUCUAACACACAGUUUAAUUAUAGCCCAUACUCCAUGAGGGGUCCAGCUAUGUGGAAGUAUCAAUGGGAAGAGUGUAGGUCUAAUAGACAGUCGCCAAUAGACAUCGAUACACAAAAAGUGUUGUAUAAGAUGGGCUACAAAAUUCACUACAAUCUAGAAAACUUAAGAACGAGUGGACAAUUUGUAAAUAAUGGACAUACCUGUGCGUUUUACCCUGACAAGAAGUUACGAGUGUUAUAUGGAGUCCCCCACUCGGAGAAGGAUAUGUAUGUCUUCGAUCAGAUCCAUUUUCAUUUUGGAAAUGACAUUGAACAUGGAUCUGAACAUUCUAUGAACGGGCGUUACUUUCCUAUAGAACUACACAUGGUUCAUUACAAUUCUAAAUACGGAGAUGCGAAGAAUGCUUCUAAAUACAUGGACGGAACUGUAGCCCUAUCUGUUUUAUUCGAGGUUGGGCACAAUGGUCCAGGAGAAGUAGAUAAAUUCAUUCAAAAUUACGUCCCACGAGUAAAGACACCAAAAUAUGAAGGAGUUCAAUCAGUUAUAGAUUUAUCGGGAGUACUACCUUACAAUCGGGACUUCUAUACGUACUACGGCUCGAAGACAACUCCGCCAUGUGAAUACAACACUCGGUGGAUUAUCUUCAAACAGCAUAGAACUAUCACUAGAAAGUCUCACAAACUCUUGUUUCUCCUACGUAAUAAGAAAGGGGAGCGGAUCUCACGAUUUGGAAAUUUUAGACCUGUUCAGGACAACUCGUGUCGACUAAUUGAGGCUAACUUCUGAUUCAGCGAUAAUGUUUUGUAAAAUCUUAUUCGGGAUUACUGCAAGAACAUGAGAAGUAUGGAAAGACCACUGAUGGGAUUCGUGUCAAUAAAAUGAGACGAUUAGAGAGUUUAUA